AUGUCAAGCGGCUCCCCUUCGCGUCUUUUGGAUCCUGCCAUUUUUCCUGAUCUCAAGGACAAGAUCGAGCAGGAGACCCAAGUCAAGGAUGCUUUGACUCAGAUCGUCCAGAAGCUUGAGGCUACCAAUUCGUAUGCACAAGGAUUGCUCUCCCGCAUCCAUGCUACCCCCGCCAACAUUGUGAACCCUGGUCUUCUCGCCGAGGUAGAGCUCGAGGUGAAGAAAGAGAUUGAGAUCAUCAAGGAACUCUCUGAUUAUGCCUCCCAGCACCCUUACUACAAAUACAAUCAAAAGUGGUCAUGGACCAUGAAUCAUGUCCUCUUUACCGUGAUCCUCUGUGGAUUUCUUGGUGGAAUGGCAACGGAAACUAAGCCCGGUGAAUUUGGUCGUCUCUUGACCCCUGACGACAUCAGCGAGAUUCUUCAAGUUCCGGUGAACGUCAAGGACCGCGAUGUCUUCCACAUCACCAUUGAAGAAUAUCUGACGGCCCUUACGAUGCUCUGUGAUGAGCUCAGCCGUCUCGCCACCAAUAGUGUAACCCUAAAGGAUUUUGAUCAAGCCGUGCAAAUCCAGUCGUUUGUCAAGGAGCUCUUUGGUGGAUUCCUCCUGCUGAAUCUUAAGAAUGACCCCUUGAGGAAGCGCGUCGACGGAGUCAAGUACGCCGUGAAGAAGACUGAAGAGAUUGUCUAUGAUUUGACUGUGAGGAAGCUGGUGGCCCCUCCUGGUGACGCUUCCAGCUCAGGCGAGAUGGUGGGCUAA